UCAGCAGUCCUCUAUCCGCACAUGCUCAGAGCUCCAGCUCCGCUCGCGCUCCGCGUCUCCUCUGUGUUCGCGGCCUGUCCGCAGACACACACAGAUGAACUCCUUCUAGGAGAGAUGGUCUCAUGGAGCUCGUGUCUCGUUUGCGUUUGAGUCCACCAUGCACUUUAGGAUUUCAAUAAGAUGUAUGUGUGUUUUGAGAUAAUCAUUUUGCUUCUCUCCUGCAACUUCUGCGUCUUCGUUUAUACUCAGGAUCCCUCCUGCUGCCAUCAUGCUGCAGAACUAUUUCCUCAGUGUAGGGAUGCAUGUGAACAGCUUGCGACCAUUAGAAGUGAAUCACGUCUAAGGCACCUUCUUCUCCGUUUGCCAAGUUACUGCCCAGAAUCUUUGAGUGAACUUUGGAUCUGCAUCAACAAUACCUUACCCGGGGCAUCAAAAAAGUCUGAUGGUUGGGUUGGCCUGGGAUGUUGUGAGCUGGCCAUCUCGGCUGAAUGUCGCAGGGACUGCAAACAGGCAUCAUCUAAAAAUGACAUCACAAAAGUAUGCAAGAAAGACUCAGAGAAACCACUCUACAGCUGUAUCACCAAAAAUGAAAUGGGCUCAAUAUGCUGCAGUUAUGCAGGGAGACACACAACCUGCCGGGAAUUCUGCCAAGCCAUCUUCCGCACAGACUCAUCACCCAGCGUCUCCCAAAUUAAUACUGUCAAAGAGUACUGCCAGAGCGUCAGUCCACCACUCAUCAGCUGUGUGGCCAACUAUACCAAAUCCUACCCAAUCAGAAGCCCUAUUGACAGUUUAUACUGUUGUGACAGAGCGGAGGAGGCCCACUGUCAGACGGCCUGUAAGCGCAUCCUCCGCACCAUGACCACCGAGCAAGAGAUCAUGGACGGUCUGAUCAAAGAAUGUGGCCGUCAGCCUCUCCCACAGGACCCGCUUUGGCAGUGCUUCUUGGGUAGCGCACACCCUCCCACCAAAAGAGAUCCAGAAUCCCCUCCAAUUGCAAAGAUGGACUGCGCUAAACUCCACUGCUGCUCCAAAGCCAACACUUCACACUGCAGGAAUAUGUGCUUGGAGAUCAGCACCAACUGGGGCACUCAGACGUGGCAGGAGUUUGACCAGCUUUGUGAAUAUAACCCUGUUGAGAUGGACCUUAUCACCUGCUUGGCUGAUGUGAGGGAGCCGUGCCAGUUAGGCUGCAAAGAUCUGACCUACUGCACCAACUUUAACAACAGGCCAACUGAGCUGUUUCGAAGCUGCAAUGUUCAGUCAGAUCAGGGCGCCAUGAACGAUUUCAAACUCUGGUCCAAUGGAAGCAUCAAGAUGCCUUUCAUGAACAUCCCAGUGCUGGACAUACGUAAAUGUCAGCCAGAGAUGUGGAAAGCUGUAGCCUGUGCACUGCAGAUCAAACCAUGCUACAGCAAGUCCAGAGGGAGUGUCAUUUGCAGGUCAGACUGUGUAGAUAUCCUGACCCAGUGUGGAGAUCGCAAACGGUUUCUUGAAGGACAGACUCCAGAGCGGAUAUGUGACCUUCUGUCCCCAACAGAUGAUCCAGAGCGGUGUAUUCCUCUGAAGAGAUACCUCACCCCCAGUCCCUUUGCUAAUAUUAUUGAAGAAGUGAUCCAUCCCUGCAACCCUAAUCCAUGUCCAAGCAACCAUCUUUGUGAAGUGAACAGGAAAGGCUGCCAUCCAGGACAAGACUGUCUGCCAUACUUCUGUGUACCUGGGUGUAAACUAGGAGAAGCUUCUGAGUUUCUCGUCCCCAUGGAUGCCCGUAUCCAAGUGCCCACUCGGAACGUGCAGGUGGGCUGCUUUGAGGUUUGCACCUGCGGUCAAAGUGGCCGUCUGGAGAACUGUGCCGAAAUGCCAUGCUUUGACACCACCAAGACCUGUUUGAUUGGAGGACAAAGAAAAAAUCAUGGUACGUCCUUCCGGGUAGACUGCCACCCAUGUUCCUGCUUCGCUGGAGAAACCAUCUGCUCUGCUCGCCAAUGCCUCAGGUCAGACAGCUCUUAUGAGGAUCGACGCCCAUUCACAGGGCUUCCUUGCGGCUGUGCUGAUCAUUUUGUGCCUGUUUGUGCACGUAAUGGACGCACAUACCCCAGUGCUUGUGUUGCACGCUGUGUCGGCUUCCGAGACAAUCAGUUUGUUUUUGGGUCCUGCAGAAGCAUCGAUCCCUGCUCACCAAACCCCUGUCAAAGGAACCAAAGGUGCAUACCUAAACGGCAAGUUUGUUUGACGGAUCUGUUAGUCUAUCCCUGCCCACAGUACGAGUGCGCUACUCGCCCAUCUGGCUGUGACCAGAACCAGCUGGAUCCAGUUUGUGACACAGAUAACACGGAGCAUGCCAAUCUGUGUCUACUGCAUUUACGGAGCAAAACCCUGGCAUACAUGGGCCACUGUCAGGAUGCUUGCAGGAAGCCCAGAGAGGUGUGUGGCCACAAUGGAGAAACCUACAGUACAGUGUGUGAAGCUUUUUCAGACCGCGUUGCUGUGGACUAUCAGGGUCGCUGCCAUGCGGUCGGGGUGGUGUCAGAGUUCACAUCCGACUCAGGGUGUAACGCUGUGCCCUGUCCUCCUCUCUCCACAGAGGGCUGCAAUCCAGUCACACCACCUGGCGCCUGCUGUCCUGUGUGUGCAGGUAUGCUACAAAUCCUCUGGAACAAAGAACAGAUGAAUAUCUUCGCUAAGCUGAACAGGAAUCAGCCUGUGACGGUGCACAACAUCCUGAAAAUCCUGCGGCUACACAUCUCUGUCCCUCAGUGUGACAUCUUUGGCUACCUGAGCAUCGACUCUGAGAUCAUCAUCCUCAUUGUGCCUGUUGACCAGCAGCCUACACCACUGCAGAUUGAAGCCUGCAGUAAAGAAGCAGAGAAGAUUGACUCCCUCAUAAACUCUGGAAGCCCCACACUGGUGUCCCACGUGCCCCUGUCUGCCUUCCUCAACUCUGAGGUCAAACUUUCCACCAUCAGUUCAGCUGCUACCACCACCCCACUCUUUUUCUCCCUCUGUCUCUUCCUCUUCUGUCUCCUCCUUUCUAUAACAGGGACCCAGUUUCCCUUGUAAUCCCACAAUGCCAAGUAACACUACCAUGUGUUUGACCUCUGGCCUUCCAAGGUCACCACAUGUCUCGACAGGAAGCUGUUCCAGUCGACAUUGUCUAGACAAUCAUUACACUGCAAAAUGACAAGGACAAUCAAAUUCCAACUUACUGAGAUGAAAAAAUAUUUUAUCUCACACAAUUAAGGACUUCUUCGCAAGGAAACUGUACUAUGCUGUCUUGUAAGGGCACUGACUUCAGCUUUGAAAAUGGUGGAGCGAAAAGAGUAAAUGAAGAAACAUGAGUUAUAGACAGCACAACUUUUCAGAUGUCGGGUUAAGAUGCAAGACAAUUGCUGCUUUUAAAUGUCUUACUGACCCAAUUACUCAUGCACAUAUCAGCUUUCAAAACACUAUUGUAUCUUAGUAUAAGAAAAGACCUGAAAGUAGGGGAGACUGGGGGCAAUUUCAACACAUAAAAUGUCUUCAAUCACAAAUAUGAUAGAGAGAUGAGAUGUAUUCAGCACAUGCUUAGUAUAAUACUCUCUGCCUGAGGAAAGGUUUGUGAUAUUUUCAACACUAAGUUGAUUUUAUCCAUUAUUUGAUGCCUUUGAAUUAUCUAUAAUCUAAAAUCUCAGUCAAACAAGAAAAGCGGACUUUUCAGCCACACCUGAGAGACAAAUGUUUUUAUUUUAUUGUUCCUCGUAGUCAAAACUCCAAAUAAAAAAGAGGAACUACAGCCAUGUAAACAAAUAUGACAAUCGUACUGCUUAACCAUAAAGUGGUAAACACAAUAUGCCUUGCUUUAAAGUUUAUAUAUUAUAUAUAUAUAUAUAUAUAUAUAUAUUAGGGGUGUAACGGUACACAGAAGUCACGGUUCGGUACAUACCUCGGUUUUGGGGUCACGGUUCGAUACGAGUUCGGUGCAACAGGAAAAAGCAACAAAUCCCAAAUGCUAGGUUUCUUUUCAUUUAUUUUGAACAGACAGUAGUGCAAAUUACAGUUUGUUCCACCUAGUGGCAUUUAGUCCCCCCUGAGGCAGUUGGUACCGUACAGCCUCCUUUAGUGUAUUAAGCACUUAGCAGUAAACAGAAUGCACUCUUGCAUAGGCCAUAUUUUUUUUGUAGGGUUGAUAAAAAAUAAAAGGUAUUUGGUCACAAUCAGCUAUAAAACUGAAAAGCAUCUCUUGUGUUAUAAAAGUACAAAAUAAAUAGAAUAAUGAAAAAUAAAACUUGUGCAAUAGGAGAAGCCAUUCUUGUUUUGUGUUGGUGCAGAGAAGGUCUCUUCUUCUUCUGCUCUUUUUCCUGUUGUGGCGGUUAGCAAACAGUGUUGCAUUACCGCGCACGCCCCCUUCUGGAUUGGAGUGCAUCGCCUGUGACUGACUCAGAUGUAUUCUUCGUCUGACUGCACGCACCGAACCGUGACGUCAGUACCGUGAUGGUUCGGGAUGAAUACAUGUACCGUUACACCUCUAAAAUAUAUACGUAUGUGUGUAUAGAUUUCUUUUUUAAAUAUGAAGUAUUGCAAAAACAAAAACUUUAUGUUGAUAAGAGAAGCUAAAUGUUCUAUUUUGAGAUGUUUCUGAUGAAAAAGUCACAAUGUGCCAUUUUAAAAUCUAGCGCUUGCAUGUGUAUUCUUAAGUGUUUUUACAGAAUGUAUUGUGUUGUCAUGUCUUUGAGCUGGAAGUGUUGUGUAUGUGCCUGUACCACAUUAAGGGCCACCUUUUUUUCAAACAGUAUUAUUUUGCUUAGGCAGCUGUGUUGCAUGGUGGGAUGGGCCUUAUUGUGUCCUGUCUGUUUGUCUUAUGUGUGUAACGCUUCCCAUGUAUAUUUUUUUUUUUUAUAUGAUAAUAAAUGUGAUCAUAUUGCCUAAGGAUUUUAUCAGAAUGCCAUGUUUAAUAAACUGGUUGAGACUCUG